CUAAAGUGAAAUAAUAUUAGGUUUUUAUGAUGAUGUUUGAUGACGGAACUAAAAAUGAAAAAACACUAGUUCCAACAUGGUUGUGUCUUGUGAAAAACACACUAAUUCGGCAGCUGCCUCACCCUAAACUCAACUCCUCAAAAUGGAGAAUGCAGCCGUCAGCCGUUGACGGCCGAGAUGUGUGAUGUGUCUUCUCUUCCCGAAAACGACACCGUACCCAGCACCCGCAAGCCGCAAUGUUCCAGAUUCGAAAACUCAACCUCCUCCACGUCCACCCCUGGCAAAACCCUAGAUUCCACACCACCAAUACGAAAACAACCCCCUCUUCCCUGAAAGAGGCGAAAGCCGCAUUGCUGGAAUACCUCCACGCCACGCGGAGCCUCCACUUCCUGGACGCCGACAACAUGUGCAAAAACUCCCCUUCCUUCCUCCACGACCUCCUCGCCAAAACCCUAUCCCAUUCCCAAACCCAAACCCUUACCCUAACCCUAACCAAGCGCUCCAUCUCGCGCUACCUCCGCUACCACCCCAUCAACGAGUUCGAGCCCUUCUUCGAGAGCGUUGGCCUCACCCCUCCCGAGUACGCGCCCCUUCUCCCGCGUGACAUGAUUUACCUAAACGACGACCCUCUGCUCAUGGACAAUUACCAAACCCUCUGCAACUACGGCGUUCCCCGCACCAAGAUGGGUAAAAUUUUCAAACUUGCGCCUCAGGUGUUUCGUUACGGACCUAGGGUUUUGAGCUCCAAGCUAAGGGAGUACGAAAACCUCGGUGUUGGGCCGGGGACGCUGGCGGGUGUGGUUGCUUGUAGUCCCUGUGUUUUGGUUGGGGGUGUUGAUUUUGAGUUUGUUAAGGUUGUGGAGAAGUUGAAGGGGCUUGUUGGGAAGGAUGGUGAUUGGAUUGGGAGCAAUUUUAUUGAUGAGGGUUGUUGUAAUUGGGGGGUUAUGCUUCGGGUUUUGUGCUUGCUUGGUAGGGUUUACAGUGAGGAGCAGUUGGGUGAUUUAAUCGUUCGGCAUCCUUGUUUGAUUUUCGAGGAGUCUGGAGGAUGUGUGUUGUCCCUUGUUGUUUUUUUGUUCAAAUUGGGAUUCUCCAUGGACCAGGUUUCACGGAUGUUUAUUGAGUUUCCGGAGAUCCGGGUUGGGAAAUUUUUGUCGAACUUGAAGCAGUGUUUUCUGUUCUUGACUGAGAUUGAGAUGGAGGCUUCGGAGAUUGAGAGGAUUUUUCACUCUCACUGCUUGGUGUUGGGUUCCUUCACUUUGAAGAAAACGAUUACUUUGCUGACUUUCUUGAAUGUUGGCAAGAAGCGGCUGUGUAGAACUGUGAGUGAUGAUCCUCUGCUGAUGAAAAGUUGGGCUUUGGGGAAAAGGAUCGAGCCGUUGGUGAACUCGUAUUUGGAGUACGAAUCGAAGGAAUUGAAGAAGAAGUUCAUGCUGAAGUUGGGGUAUGUGGAGAACUCAAAGAAAAUGAACGAGGCGAUUAAGUUGUUUAGAGGUAAGGGAGCUGAGCUUGAGGAGAGGCUUGAUUUUAUUGUUAGAGCUGGGUUGGAUUAUGAGGUUGUCUGUGAGAUGAUUAGGAAUUCGCCUCGGAUUCUUAGUCAGACCACAGAUAGGAUCAACAAGAAGAUUGAGUUUCUUGUGAAUGAAGGAUAUUCUAUAUCCGAUUUGGCGAGUUUCCCUUCCUUUCUUUCGUAUUCGCCUCGAAGAGUUAAGCUUAGGUUUUCAAUGUAUAAUUGGCUCAAAGAGCAGGGAGUUAUAGAGGCGGGGUUUGCUUUGAGCACUAUCAUUGCUUGCUCUGAGAAAGCGUUUGAGCGGCUGUAUGUUAAGCGCCAUCCAUCUGGCCUUCAAGUUUGGCAGGAUUUAAAGGCACAAAUUUCUUCUGACAUCUGAGGCUUAGUUGUUUGAAGAAAUCCACCACUUCAAUUGGUAUUUUUCCAUGAAAGGCAAACAUGAGAUGAUAAAUUCAGUCUUUCACUGAGAUUGAAUCACUUUUGUGGUGCAUGGUUAAUCUGGCAAUCUGUUUCUGGGUCAGAUAGUUAUGUGUCUCCAGCUUUUACCAUCUAUUAAGGAUGAUUGGACUGCAACUAGUAUUCUAAAAUGAAUCACUUCAAGUUGACUAGUAGAUAUGGAGUGGACAUUGAAGAUAGCCAAUUGAAGAUCAGAUAUGCUAGCAGAUACAGCAUUGACAUGAAACCAUCAUGGACAACUAAUGAAUACAGGUUUUCAUGAGCUAACACCAUGGAUGAUUGCUGAUUGCAGAUAUUUAUGACAUGGCUUGUAGACGGAAGAAUGUUAGCUAUAGAUGGAUUUUCUGUUACCCGCUUGCCUCAGCAACAUUGCAGAUCACUUUCCUACUGUUUGAUUUUUAAAGUAUGAACCAUACGGCGAAUGGAACUGGUGAGGAUGAGAAACUGUAUUAUUUUAUAAUUGAAAAUUAGAUGAUUAGGUUUGUUAGGUUGAAAGCUAUCAAUUUGUUAACAUGGUUUUUUUUCCAACCAAAGAAAUUGUUUAAGAGGAACAGACAUGCUCUGUGCAGUUCGGCAUUAUGUAAUAGAUGAGUAUUAGUAACACACUCUUUAUUGUUGUUUAAAUUUAUGAAAAAAGUACAAAAUUACGAGUCA